GUUGGUCCACCAGCUCGAGAUGUAGCCAGACAUUUUGUGCAGAGAUGGAACUUUAUUAAAGAUUCCAAGGCAUACGGUCGUGAGAGUUUACCUUUCUUGGUGCCAAAAGGCGAAUACGUUAGUACACGUGAUGAGUCCAAGUUUAAAGGCUCAUGUAGAGUACAGUUGCUCAGGAGCAGUUCUGCAUGGAGUAGUGGGAUCAAGCUUGAGAAUUCUAUUUAUAACGCUUAUUGUCAUUUAAUUCGAAAUGCAAAACAUUUUAUAUAUAUCGAGAACCAAUUCUUUAUAACUUCUUCAGAAAAAGACACCAACAGCGUUGUCAAGAAUAGAAUAGGCGCGUUACUUUUCGAACGUAUCAAAGAAGCGCACGAGAAAAAUGAGAAAUUUCGCGUUAUUGUAGUGAUGCCUCUAUUACCAGCAUUUGAAGCCGAUUUAAACUCAAAUGAUGCUGGAACUAUUCGCAUGGUAAUGCACUGGCAAUACGUGUCAAUAUGCCGAGGAGGUAAAUCCUUGCUGGAGAAGAUAGCUGCAGAAGGCAUAAACCCGGAAGAUUACAUUAGCUUUUUUGCUCUCCGGAGUUACGAUCGAGUUAACCAAAUAAGUAAGGACACCGAUAGUAAGAAAACAGAGAAUGGCGAUGCAGACAGUACACUCGGUUCAACGGAAAGCACGAUUCAUGUCCCCGAUUCGAUUGCGCAAUAUGCGAUGGACUAUGCAGAUGAUGAUAGUCAUGAACGUAAGGACUCAUUCUCGGAUGAGAAAUACGACCCUCAUAUAGAAAAAGGGUUGGGCGGAACUGAGCCUGUUCGCCCUACCGCUAUGUUAUCUACCGAUCUCAAGCAAGCUUAUGUUACCGAAGAAUUAUAUGUGCAUACAAAAGUAUUGAUUGUAGAUGAUAAAUACGUCAUUUGUGGAUCAGCCAAUUUAAAUGAUAGGUCUCAGUUAGGCAGCCGAGACUCUGAGGUUGCAAUCCUUAUCGAGGACACAAAGACUGUCAAAUCAAGAAUGAACGGUGAAGAGUAUGAUGCCGCCAAAUUUGCAUAUACCUUGCGAGUAACGCUUUUCAAAGAACAUCUGGGGCUUCUUCCACCACAACACCACAAUACGAUGGAACGGAGUAGUUUGCCUCCAAUGAGCCGAGAAGAAAUCGAGGCGUUCGCUCAUGGUAAAGAUGAGAGUGUGUCGCAUAUGUUCGAUUAUUCACCGGAUGCACCAGAUUCCAAGCAUCCGACAAAAGAGGAUUUGAUAGUGAUGGAUCCAUUAUCGGACAAGUUCUACAAUUAUUGGCUGGAGACUGCACGGACCAAUACUGAAACGUAUAGGGCUGUGUUCAGAUGCAUUCCUGACGAUAAUGUUCGAACACUGGAACAAUGUCGACAAUUUGUUCCGGAUCCUAAGACCGUUCCUGUUGGGCAUGUUGCUAAUACGCAGGCUUCUGCUGAAGAUGUUAACGAGAAACUAAGAAAAAUACGUGGACAUUUAGUUGUAUUUCCUACGCACUUCUUAGAAGAGGAAAACUUGCUUGGAAGUGUUAUUGCAAGUGCUGUUACUCCAGCAGAAAUUUUCACAUAA